UAUUUACAUUUACUCCUUUUCUAUACACAAAAUACACUACACAUUACAAGAAUCCAAUACACAUUCAUACAUUGAUACAUACCAACGUCAUCAACCUCCUAGCUGUGUACUCUCCUGUUUUCCCCAAAUACUCAAAGAAACAGCCUUUGAUUUUGAUUUUGUAGCUAAUUCUCAUAAAAUUCUGAAAUUUUCGACUGUUUUAGCCAGCAAGACGCAAAAAUGCAGGGAUGUAAGAGAACCGACGGGAGAAGAUGGCGGUGUCGCCGGCCAUUGAUGGACGGGAAAGAGUACUGUGAAACACACUUCCUUCAGUACUGUCAUCGGCUGAAGCACGAGCCAGUUCCCGCUGCUCUUAAACUCGCCGGAAUUAGGCACAAGAAAUUGGUCCCUAAAGUCGAUGAAGAAUCGUCACUUCAACAUGGCGGAGAAUACGAGGUACCCCUAAGAAGAAGGGGUAGAAAACGAAAUCGGCCAUUGAAGGAUGUGGAUGCAGUUCGUCUACCCCGUAAAAGGGGUAGACCACCGAUGAAGGGGGCUGUAGUUGAAAUCUCCGAUCAACUUGAGGAUGGAAGCAAGUUAACUUUCCAAGACGGAAAUCUGCACUUGUAUAAUAUCAAACAGGAAUAUGAGAAAACUGUUGUUAAGGAUCUCAUGUAUGGACAAAUGGUGAUACCCCGACCUUCUCCGAUGUCCUUACAAUUCAGAACUGUGCAAAAAGAAGUUUCUCCGAAGAUUAAAGUUGGGGUUCCAUCUGCAACUAGAUUUCCCAGAAGGACGAUCCGUUCUAAAAACGUUGAAUCCGAUCCAAUUGCUACAGUUCAGAUGUUACCAAAUAUAAAAGAAAAUAUAAAAGCAUCUGCAAAGACGAAUAUCAUCAAGAGGUGCCAUUGGUGCAAAUACACCAGCUAUCGUGUUUUUGUCCAAUGCUCAACAUGUAAAACACAGUUCUUUUGUAAAGAAUGUAUCGAUAAAAGGUUUUAUUGUAGGUCAUCAAUCAAGAGAUUGUGUCCUGUGUGUGAAGGGACGUGUGAAUGCCGAACUUGCUCAAAAGCAAAAUCUAAAGAAGUUAAAAAGAAGGAGUUGGUGAUUUAUGAUUGUGAUGAGGAGGUGAUGAUUUACAAUGGUGAAGAGGAGGAGGUGGUGGUUUCUGAACCUGAAAAUGAGGUAGCUGUAUACAAUCAUGAAAAGAAGUUUGACAAAAGUCAACAACUUCACAUGAUUCGCCUCCUUCUUCCACUUAUGGAAAAAAUAAAUCAAGAAAAGAUGAAUGAGCUGGAAACCGUAGCUAUAAACAAAGGAAGAGCUCAUUCCGAAUUACUAGUUCAGCUUGUAGAAUGUCCCAAGAAGCCAAUAUGCAGUUUUUGCUCUUCAUGGGUUACAGACAUUCACAGAAGCUGUGAAUAUUGUUCUUACAUUCUCUGCAUUCAUUGUUGUCAAGAGUUUCAUGAAGGAUACUUACAUUCAGGUCUUGGAGAUUUGAGGAAUACUAGGUUAGUUAGAAGCAAAUCAAGAAAGAUUUCAUGGGCAUUUAGCAUAGAUGGAAGCAUAAGAUGUCCACCACAAACUUUAGGUGGAUGCAAUCAAGAUUUUCUCCAAUUAACUUCUUUUUCCCCCUUUGGUUUGACAAAAGAUCUUGAAGAAAACGCAAAGCAAAUAGUAAACAAAUAUAAAUUCAAGAAAUCUUUAGGGCUUCUUUCUUCAACUUGCUUACUAUGUGAUGAAAAUGACAAAUUGGGUAGUGAAAAAGUUGGAAACUUGAUUAAAAACAAGGGUUUGUAUUUCAAGACUAAGCAAGAUUUGAUGGAUAAAAAUCUUGAACAUUUUAUGAAGCAUUGGGGUAAAGGUCAACCUCUUGUAAUCCGUAAUGUCCUUCAAAGUCAACAACAUUUGAAUUGGGAUUUCGGUUACUUGUUGUGUAAGUAUCUUGAAAGGAGUGAAGGAAAAGGAAAAUCAAAAGGUGGAUUUGAUUGGUGUGAUGUGCAAUUCGGUAGAAAGCAGAUUUUUAAAGGUGGUGUAACACAUGAAAAUGUGUGGCAAGAGCUUUUGAGAUUCAAAGUUAUGUUUUCUUCAAACUUUUUUCAAGAUCAUUUCCCAGAUCAUUAUGCUGCUGUGAUGGAAUCUUUACCUGUUCAAGAAUAUAUUACGGGUUUUAUGAAUCUUGCAAUGAAUGUUUCACAUGAAUCUGGAAACCCUAAUUUGGGACCUCGUGUUUGUAUCUCAUAUGGUGAACCGAAUCUUACAGAUGCUGAUCUUAUAACUAAAUUGUGUUUUCAUGCGUAUGAUAUGGUUAAUAUUCUUGCGUAUGCUACUGAUAAUCUGAUUUCUGAGGACAAUCUUAAUAAAGUCAAGAUCUUGAUGAACAAAUACAGUUCACAAGAGCAUAUAAAGUCUUCAAAGAAGAUCAAAACAAGAAAUGAACUUGAAAAACUAUUUGAAAGUUCACCAAAAUUGGAGGCGAAAAAGAAUGAUGUAGAUAUGUCAUUUGAUGAUUCAAACACUGAAGAUUCUGAUUCUGAUUCUGAUUCUGAUUCUGAUUCUGAUUCUGAUGAUGAAGUUUCAGCUUAUUCUCAACAUGAAAUCGGGACAUGUAGUCAUUAUGAAGAGGAACAAAUAGUUGAAACUCAUGGGAUUGAGUGGGACAUUUUUCACCAGAAAGAUGUCCCAAAGCUUUUGGAGUAUCUGAAAAAGUAUUCUGAUAAAUUCAGUAAAUCUUGUGGUUCUCCAAAAAAGGUUGUUCAUCCACUUUUUGAUGAAGUCUUUUACUUAGACGAGCUUCAUAAACUGAGAAUCAAGGAAGAAUUCAAUGUUGAACCAUGGAGUUUUGAGCAACAUAUUGGUGAAGCUGUUAUCAUUCCAGCUGGUUGUCCUUACCAAAUGAAGAAAGUUAAGUCAUGUGUUAAUGUGGUUUUGGAUUUCAUCUCACCCGAAAGUGCAACUAACUGCAUUAAAGUAGGCGAUGAAAUUCGCCGACUUCCUGUAAAUCACAAAGCCAAAGGGGCAAUGCCAAAGGUCAAGAAUAUGGUUAUUAAUGGCAUGGAUGCAGCAAUUGAAGAAAUCCGUACGGUUUUAGAAACGUAGUAUUUAUGUACAUGAGACUUGAAGCAUGAUAUGGAGCAUGUACACUCCAAAGCCAAGUCAACUAAAAUGAUGUUUAAAAAUGGUGGCAUUGACCAUUGCUAUUUCUCAUUCAGCAAAAGGCUUCUUCAAAGUGUUGUGUAAAAGGAACUUUUGUGGCGAUCGAUAGAAGGGCGUUUUAGUCAAAAUCCAUUUUGAUGAACUUUGAACUGGAGUUAAAUUGCAGGCCUUAAAUCUUUGAAUCAGUCAACAAGAGGUAAAGUUAAGGUUGAUCACAUGCAAUAAGGUAUGAAUUAAGGUAAUCAUUAUUACACUUGUUAUUUCCUAAAAUAGCAUGUUGGGCCUAUUUAUUUUUAGUAAUUUAACGCUUUCGUUCAGUGGGUCAUAUUAUUUGAACUUUGAAGUGAGGAAAUUGAAUUUGUGAUUGUGGGUCCCAUUUAUGAAUAAAAAAGAUGAGGCCUAGAAAAUAACAUAAACUAUUUACAUCUUAUUUAAAGGAAGCACCAUAUAAAAAACUAUGUCCAUUGAGUGGAAUUUGUAAUAAUAAAUGCAUUUUCCAUUAUAAAACAUUAGAAAAUAGCUAAUUUUUAUUCACUUAAAUUUGUUCCAAAAUUCUUCUCCCUUUUUUAGAAUAGUUAUAGAAUGGGAGGGCGUAUUGAUCUUGUUGAUUUCAAAGAUAAUCUGAUUCGAAUUUGGGUAUAUAUGGAAACAUAAAAUUGGUCUGAAUAUUUAUUUUUUUAGAACAAUUGUUGAAUUUGAGGGUGUAUUAUAUCAUCUGUCAACUAUGUCUUUAUUACUCUUGUGAUGAAAAAAUGUUAAUGACACGCUGAUGUGGCAUUUGAACAGCUGUCGUGCUUGCUUUCUUGCAUGACUAGUCUCAUAUAAAUACAAACUUAUUUUGUUUGUUAGUCAUCAACUUUAUAAGCAUUUGGAAUUUUUUUGGUGAAAUAAUGACAUCAGCAAUGUCAAUAUUCUUAUAGUAUGUGUGUUAUUUUCUUGAGCAAUGUAUAGUUAGAUACUGUUUUUUUUUUUUCCCUAGGUUUCUUAUUAAUCUAAUAGGCAUAAAUUUACAUUUUUCAGGUGGUAUUGGCCAUUGCUAUUUCUCAUAUAGAAUUGGCUCCUUCAAAGUGUUGUGUAGAAGGAAACUUUCUAGGGCUAUUUUCGAUAACGAGGAUGAGGGCAUUACGGUCAUUUUUGCACAUACGAGACAUCAAGAGGUAAAGGUAAGGUUGGUCACAAGCAAUAAGGUAUGAAUCAAGUUAAUAACUAAACUUUCUAUUUCUUACAAUAGCAACCCUCACAUUUCCUUUUUAAGUAUUACUUUUGUCUUCACACAAAGAUAAGAUAGGAUUAGAACUUAGAAGCACAUAUUAAUCUCAUUAUCACUAAUCACUUACCCUAAUAUUUCCUUCUCAAUGUUAUGUUGAGAUAGAGUACAUAUAUGUUGGGUUGAAACUUGAAAUUACUCACUUAACAAGUAUAUGUGUCAUUUUCUCAAAUAAUUUUUAAAUAUCAUUUAUCCAGACACCAGUUAAUGGGAAAAAAAACAGGAUUAAGUUAUUAUUAUCGAUCUAAUGCACUAAUGAUAUUUCUACAAUUGCCUAUAAUUAGUAAAUAAGUAAUAACCAGUUAACCACUUAUUCCCACCUUUCCUCUUAAAUAGUCAUCUAUUUCAACACUUUUAAGGCAUUACAUUUGAGACUUUUACUUUCAUUUUUUCUCUUAUUAAGGCGUUGUACUUUGAGAAAUCUACCUAAUUAUUGCAUUAUACUUUCAAUUUCUUUUGUUAUUACAACACUGUAUUGCUGAUAAUUGUUUUGUAUUUGGAUGACAUUGCUAUAACUGGGUAGAUGUUUUGAAUUACAAUGAUGUUAAUAGGAAGAACUUACAUAGAAUCCAAUGGAUCUGAAGAGAUUGAAUUGCAAACUUUAUAUAGAAGCGCAUUUUGGAAUGGUCAUCCUCCUUUUGGCUCAGUCUGUUCUAUUAUUUUAUAGACUGUAUUUGACGUGUAUUGGAUUGAGGGAUAGAAUAUUAGUUAUUGUAAAUAAAUUUGUAGUUUAGGAUGUUAUGUUCAUUCCUUUUGUGUAACAUGCUAACAUCUCCAAAUGCUUUUGGCAUUUGUGUAAUACCUAAAAUCUUGAAAAUAAGAAUAAAAAUAUAAGUUGCAACAACAA